AUGUCGGGCCUUGUCUCCGUAGAGUCGCAGCUGGUCAGCACCGCGCAGCGCCACUUCCACAUCCGUUGUGGCCAUGUACAGUCUCGGCGCGGUGACGGUUGGUUGCUGCUCUCUUUCGCACCUUUUGGGGCCGAUACCAGGCUUGAGCUUGAGGUACAGGCACUAUGCAGCGCGCUUGUGCGCGAUGUCACUGGCAACGGUGCUGGCUCUGUGCGGCUCACCAACGAGGAUGAGGAAACGCAUUUUGGAAAGUUGGCAGACAAAAGCCUCUCCUUCACAAAACUGCUGCGCAACUCGGGUGUGUCGCUGGGCGCAGGUAGUGAGCCGAAGAAGGGCGAUGACAGUGCGGGUGUGGAUGAGCUGCCAAAGGCACCUGGAGUGGUGGAGAUGGUGGAAAUGCUCUACCACGACGUGGUGGCAGAGUCUAAGCACGGCGCCCGUGCCAUUGUGCAGUUCCCUUUUCUCCUGUGUCCCCAGGGGACCCGCUGCGACGUUGUUCUGCAAGGCGAGAUCUGCGUAAAGGCGUUUUCACGGACUGCCUCGGCCGUUGUAGCAGAGAAGGAGGUCGUCGCUCCGACUGCUGCGGUGACCACUACCAUCGACGACGAUACGGACGACGAAGCGGAGCCGUUUGGUGAUGCUACUGACGGUGCACAGGCACCCCGUCGCUCCCGCGCUUCGAAAGUGGAAGCCGAGGCGACUGCCACAACGCCUAGUCCCACCGUUCACGGUGGGACUUGCCGCAGCCCGAAUGACUCGAUGCUGCAGAGCUCAUACAGCGUUGCGAAGCUGCCGGAGGGGGAGCUGGCAAAGGUGUGGAUUGACACCCGUGCAUGGGCACAGGCACUCGCGUCGAACGCCAGCGCCUCUGUCGAGGCCGAGCUACCGCCUGCGUGGCGUUCUAAAGCCUUCAGUCUUGCUGAGGCUCCCGAGGUGCUGGGCAUAGUGCACCGUACGCUGGCCCACUACUGGAACGAAAAACACGCCACAAACACCGACCGUGUCAAAUCCACCACGCUGUCACUGCUGAGCAUCGUCUCAGGUGACUUGCGGGAGUACCUGCGUGGCAAGGUGGAACUCUACGGCUCUGACUGGCAAGCACCAUGGCGGAUGCCUGCCGAGGAGUUGAGCAGCGCUGUUGACCUGUGCAAGCAGUGGAACAGGAUGGUGGUGCAGCUGGUGCGACAGGACUGGGUCGGCUGGGAGAGCGGCAUGUUCCACGACGAGAGCUUCGACGUCUUCGCGCAGCGCCUUCACACAGUGCUGCGGAUUCGUGAGACGUUUGCGAGCGUGCAAAAAUUGAGCAAGACAACUCCGCCCGCUCUGCAUCCGGAGCACAUCUUUGCGGAAUUGAAUGCUCUCGACAUGCGCGGUGUGGCGGCCACAGUGUGGGAGUCGCGUGUCGCGCAGUUCGAGAAGGAGUUUUCUUUCGCCGAGCCCGGCCUGCGGAGCUGCGUGAAGCAGCUCUUCCAAUCCCCAGUGUCGGAUGUGCAGUUGCGUUUUCUGCAGCAGCACAGAGCGCUGCUGCGUCGGAGUGGGGUGCGCAGCGCUGUGACCCGCGAGAUGGAUGGCGUUGCCGCUCACCUUUUCGAGCACCUGGAUCGCGUGUACGCGCGUUUUGAGAAUAACAGCCGACGUGCAACGACGCCGCUUCAGAAGCUGCGUGCUGCGAAAGGGUGCGUAGCGGAGUGCGUGAUGGUGCCUGAGGAGGCCGCCAAGGUGUUUGGCACCACCGAUGCGCUCACGGAGAAGGUGACGGCCCACGCGCACGAGCUCAUCCACAAGGCAGCUCAGGAGGAGGCGGUCAUCAUGAAGGAUUGGUGUGCGUCGGUGGAGUCGACCGCCAAGAAGAUGCUCGAGCUUCCAGAUGCCGUUGUGGUGUCCACGAUCGGGGAUCCGCAGCAACAGCAACAGCACCCGUACUUGCUGAUGUGCACAGUGCACAUGUCACUGCGCAAGUUCAUGCAAGAGGUGCGCAACGUGCGGGCGUGGCUGAGCGAUGCCGAGAUGCGACACGACCAAGAACAGUACGGUUGUGGCAGCGGCGAUCGCCGAAACAGCGCGUCGCAAGAUGUGUCCGCAGCGGCGGCGUCGCAGCUCUGGCGACUAAGCAGCAGCGCCGAGAGCACGAUUUGCGCCUGUGAGCACCUCUGCACAGCUGCACUGCGCACACAGAAAUGUGUUGCGAACCACAACACCGUUAUCGCACAGAUUCUCCCGUGCACACGCCGGAUGCUCGCCCCAGCCAUCGAGAAGAGUAUGCUACAGGUGCUGUAUGCCGACACCGCAAAGAGGGCCGUAGCUGUCGCAAAUUACCAAGAGCUCGAAGGCGUCAACAUGCGCUUCCAGAACACAAUCGAGGCCCUCAGCAACGCCAACCGCCAGGUCCGCCGCUUUCACGAGGAGUUCGGCCAACACGUCAUUGCCCUCAUGGACGUGGACCUUACUUCGCACAUGGAGCAGUGGCGCGUCACUGUCGACGAUCUUCGCAGCAAGAUGGAGGACUUCCUCGCGAGGCAGCACCUGUCUGACCACGAGGACUGGCGCUGGCAUUGGGAUGGACAGAUCUACAAGGCUCUUGAGUACCAGUAUAGGCGCGGCUUGGAGAGAUUGCACGAGGAGAUGACGGAGUUCAAGGUAGAGUUGGUACUGAGGCAAGGCACUGUGCACUUCAAGCCCAGCUUCGAGGCCAUCCGCGAGGCCUACUACGUCAAGCUGCGUGAGUUCGUCAGCGUGCCGCUGCGCUUCCGCGGGUUGCAGCCUAAGCGGCAAGACGCAAAUACGCCGUAUGAACUAUACCCCUUGAUGCCGCUCACCAACAACGACCGCAUUGUCACAGUGCACGCCAAGGCCAUCGAACUCUUCGCAAAGCUCAAUCGAGUUCGAAAAGCGUUUCGUUCGCACAUCGUUGUCGGUCUUUGCGGCAUCCACGGCUCGCCUGAUCUGGAUUCGAUUGCAGAUGCAUGGAUGGAAAAGUUGGCCGGACAGAUCAGCCAGGGCUUUCGCACUGUGGAGGAGCACCGGGAGAAGAUGGGCAAGAUCGAGAACAUCAUGAAGAUCGACUGUUUCGCUAUCAGCACGGUUCCGGUGCGGGCGAGCAUCGAGGAGCAUCUGCAUCGCCUGGAGGAGGCCCUACUGAACGGCAUGCGCCGCCACAUUCAGACCUCGCUGAAUGACAUCGACGAGUUUGUGCUGCGCGUGUCGAACAUCGUGGAGCGGCAGCCAACAACGAUGGACGAGGUCGGAGAGGCCAAUAAGCGCUACAAGGAAUCACUGGAGCAAAUCAGUAUCUACGAGAGGAAGUUGGAUGCGGUACUGGAGCAGAAUAAGGAGCUGCGCAACCAUGUCGGCGCCUCCAUCGACGUAGGCGCCACCCGAGCCCGCUGGGACCACCUGAAGGACGCGAUGGCGUCUCACACAAAGGUGAUGGAGGCUGCGGUGCUGAAGAUGCGGGUUUCCCUCAACAGUCUUAUCCAGCGCUUCCUAAAGGAUGUGGAGCGCUUCGCUGACGGGUGGAAGCGGCAGAGAGCGCAGCUAAUGCGCGCCUUUGCGGCCAAAGAAACAAAGACCAUACGCACAGUGCUGCUGUCUCUCAAGGAUCAGCUGCAUGACCUGGCUGACCUCGAAUCCCAGGCGAAGGAACUGGAGUCCAAGUGCGAGUUCUUUGGGCAGGUGAAGCCAGUCUUUGGAGUGCUGUGGGACACAAAGAAAGAUGUGCAGGCGAUGAGCGCCACGUGGGCGCUGUACGACGCUUUUGAGGAGGAACUCGGGAAGCUACGCACCGAGGACUGGCUCACGUUCCGCGCGCACACGUGUCAGUUCGAGGACUUCUGCAAGGCGUGGCGAUCGAAGCUCAACAAAGCAGUGGCAGAGGGCAGCGACGCGACCGCGAAGGGCGAGGCCGGGGAAGACAAGAAGAGGAAGUCGAACAAGGACGGCGGCGGCGACACUACGAGCGCAGCCUGCAACACCAACGACCCCAUUGCGGCCUACCUACUGAAUAUGGUGACGGACUGGGGGAAUGUGGUGCCACUGCUGAAGUUUGUGCGUGGAGAGGGAUGGAUGACGGAGCACUGGAACGAAAUGUUUAGGCUCCUCAACAUUCCAAAGGAGACGACCAGCACGAGCCUUACCUUUGGCUUGAUUCUCGACCACCACCUCGAGCUGCUGGCGAAGGAGGGGGAGCUGAAGCACCUGCACGCCCGCGCGCACGGCGAGAUCCAGCUGCGGGAGGCGCUGCAGGACAUGCGCAGGUGGGCCCUGGAGGCUGAUUUUAGCCUCACGGCGCCAACAGAGAGCGCCAGCAAGGUGCGCCUCAUUACGGACUGGAAGGAGAUGAUGACGCAGGUGACCGACAACCAGGCCCUCGUAAACUCGCUCAAGGACAGCCCAUUCUUUGCGCACUUUGCCGACGAGGUGGCCGGAUGGGAAUCGAAGUUAAUUUCUCUCUCGCAGAGUCUCACGCUCCUGAACCACAUUCAGCGUCGGUGGGCGUAUCUAGAGCCGAUCUUUGCCCGCGGCGCGUUACCACAUGAGCAGGCCCGCUUCAAGCGCGUGGACAAGGAGUUUAUCGGCAUCUUGCGCGAGAUUGAGGCGGAUCCGCGCGUUAUGUCUCUGGCAAACCAAACAGAUGUGAAUGAGAGGCUGAAGGGCAUCCUCGAGCAGGUUGAGCGAUGCCAAAAGUCACUCAUCGAAUUUCUGGAGGCGAAGCGUAACAAGUUGCCGCGCUUCUACUUCAUCAGUGACGAGGACAUGCUCGAGAUGCUCGGCCACAGCCAGAGCCCGUCUGUGAUUCAGGUGCACCUCAAAAAGCUCUUUAUGGGUAUUCACUCCGUCACAUUCAGCAGCGACAACGCCAGUAUCACACACAUGAUUAGCGCCGACGGAGAGAAGGUGGCGCUGCGCAGGCCAGUGGUGAUUACGUCCAGCGAUGUGGAGGACUGGCUGCUGGCACUGGAUGCGAGCAUGAAGGAGACACUGCACGAACUUCUCAUCAGUUGCGUCAAGCAGCCAGACGCCACUACAAAGGAGAGCAUUAUCGACUACCCAUCACAAAUUCUUCAGGUGGCGCAAGGCGUACACUUCGCACGGGAAGCCGAGGAGGCAAUCAUUGCGCAGUCCCUCAACCAGCUACUCAUAUCGCUCCGUCAGCGGCUCGACCGACUCACCGCCAUUACGCCAGAGCUGGACGCAUUGCACGUGCUGAAGGUGAAGGCGCUUAUAUUCGAUACAAUUCACAACAUCGAGGUUGUCGAGCUCCUCCUGAAGCGCAACGUCUGCAGCGUCGACCAGUGGUGGUGGAAGAAGCAGCUGCGCUACCGCAUGUCCACGGAUGACACACACUACUGCACCGUCCACAUGGCCGACACCCAGUUUGAGUACGCGUACGAGUACCAAGGCAACGCGGCGAAGCUGGUGCACACACCGCUGACGGACCGCUGCUACCUCGUUCUCACCAAAGGGAUGGACCUUGGCUACGGUGGCAACCCAUACGGGCCUGCGGGUACCGGCAAGACAGAGUCUGUGAAGGCACUCGGCUCGGCAAUGGGCCGCCAGGUGCUUGUCUUCAACUGCGACGAGGGCAUCGACUUCAAAGCGAUGGGGCGAAUCUUUGUCGGCAUUGUCAAGUGUGGCGCAUGGGGAUGCUUCGACGAAUUCAACCGGCUGAAAAUCGAUCAGCUUUCCGCUAUUUCACAGAUGAUUCAGGUCAUUCAGCAGGCCCUCAAGAACAGAGAGGCAAACUGUAUGCUACUGAACAAUGAAAUCACGGUGAAUGCUAAUGCUGGCAUCUUCGUGACGCUAAAUCCUGCUGGCAAGGGCUACGGCGGUCGCACGCAACUACCGGACAACCUGAAGCAGCUCUUCCGCGAGGUGGCGAUGAGCGUGCCUGACAACGAGCUCAUCACGUCGACAGUGCUCUUCUCGGAGGGGUUUACGCAUGCACGAGCGUUGGCAAAGAGCAUUGUCGCACUCUACCGCCUCUGUGGGCAGCUGAUGAGUCGGCAGCAGCACUACGACUGGGGCUUGCGUCCUCUGAAGGCCGUCCUGCGACUGGGCGGUACGUUGUUGCAGCGCUGGAAAAAGGAGCAUGCCGGCGCCGCAGCAUCUCGAAAAGCGGAGGAGGAGCUAGUGCUACAGUCACUGAACAUUAACACCCUCAGCAAGCUCACUUUCGGCGACGCGCGCGUCUUUCAAGGGCUACUGCGCGACAUCUUCCCUGGCGCGGAGUCGCGGGACAUUACUUACAACGAGCUGGAGGUGGCAGUGGCGAGCGCGGUCAAGGAUAUGGGCCUGCAACCGAUUCCCGCACAGCAGAAGAAGGUGCUCCAGCUGUACGAGGCGCUGCAACAGCGCACGGGUGUGGUGCUGGUGGGCCCCAGUGGCAGCGGCAAGAGUACUCUGCUCAGCAUUCUCCGCAAGGCUCUGCAGACGAUGAACAUUACAGUCCCCAUGCACGUCAUGAACCCCAAGGCGAUGCCGCGGCGUCGCUUGCUCGGCUACAUGGACGCUGACACACGGGAGUGGUACGAUGGUGUUCUGACAGUGGCAGCGCGCGACGUCGUGAAGCAGUCGAAGGAGGCGCGGCCGUGGGUGCUGUGCGAUGGCGACAUCGACCCGGAGUGGAUCGAGUCUCUCAACUCGGUGUUGGAUGAUAACAAGCUGCUGACGAUGCCGAACGGUGUGCGUAUCCAGUUUGGGGCCAAUGUAAACUUUAUUUUCGAGACGCACAGCCUCGAGUACGCGUCACCGGCGACAGUGUCGCGCAUGGGUGUACUCUUCUUCUCUGAGAAGGAUGUGCAGCUGGAGGCGGUGGUGGAGUCUGGCAUGGCGUUCAAGUCGCUGGAGACGGGGAAUGUGGUGCGGCCACUCAUCCUCAAGUAUGUCUUCGCCGCCAUCGACGAGGCACAGCGACUGAACGACUUCUCUGUUACCACGACGCGCAUGGGUCUGCUGCAGACAUGCCUGCUGCACGUGAUGCUCACCAAGAAUGCGCAGGACUUUGCGUACUCUCUGGUGCGCGGCUUGUGUGCGUGCCUGAAUGCUGGCGGCGCGGCGAAGCUGGCGAGCUGGAUCUACACCACCAUGGGGCAGAAGCCUUGUUCCGACAGCCGCCCGUUUGACUCAUACUGGGACGACAAGCUCGGGCGCGCCGUGGAGUUUACGGCUGACCUCUCGACCCCAGUGACCCCGGCCGACCUGCUGGCGGGCCGCCCACCGGUGGUGCAGACGGUGGAGGUAAAGCGACUCAUCUCUACGCUGCAACCGCUCUUGGAGGAUCGCAGCUGCAAGGCGUUCUUUGUUGUCGGGCCGGAGGGGUGCGGGAAGGGUGCGUUGCUCGACUACGUCUUCUCCACCCGGCCGACAUUGCGCACGACGACGAUCAACUGCAGCGCGCAGACAAACUCCACGCACGUCAUUCAGAAGAUCGAGCAAGCGUGCCUGCUGGCAAACACGAAUGCCGGGCCCGUGUACCGUCCACGCGAGGGGGAGCGGCUCGUCAUCAUUCUCAAGAACGUAAAUCUCCCAAAGGCGGAUAAGUACGGCACCGUAGAGCUGCACUCCUUUCUGCAGCAGCUCAUCUUGUACAACGGCUUCUAUAACCAGGACCUCGAGUGGGUGGGGGUCGACCGCGUGCAGAUCGUCGCCAGCAUGAACCCCACUCCAUCGGCCGGUCGCUACCCGGUCACACCACGGCUGCUGGCGCUCGCCAGCAUCGUGACAGUAUCCUACCCGUCCAGAACGAGUCUCGUGCAGGUGUACACCACGUACUGGGCGGCGCUGUUGCGGCAGACAAACAUUGGCCAAGGUAAAGACUACGAGAAGGGAGCGCUGCUCGCGCAGUUCAUGCUGCAUGUGUACGACAAGGUGCGUCACCAGUUCGAGGGUGAGGAGUAUAUGCACUUCUCUUUCAGCCCCCGCCAUCUCACCAAAUGGGUCACCAACGUGCUCCUCUACCACAUCGACACCCGCACCACGCUGCCGGCGGUGCUCGCCUACGAGGCCAGCCGCAUCUUUACGGAUUGCCUUCCGCGCGCCGAGGACCGUCGGCAGGCGCUGCGGACCUUCUCGGAGCAGCUCGCCACGAUUGGCUACGCGAUGCCGGCAAGGGAGGAGCGCUUCACCACAAUGUUCGUCACGUGGUUCGACCAGGAGAACGGUGCUGCCGACGUUGCCGCGGCCGGCGAGCAGGCGCAAAUGGCGACAGCCGCUGACGGUGACGAGGAAGGGAAGACUGACAAUGGCGCGAGAGCCAGCAGAGGCGGCGAGGCGGAGGGCGCUUCCGCCACCGCAGCGACGGGCCCACGCGCAGUGCUCAAACUGGUGCAGAGGAAGUACGACGACGUGCGGGACGAGGUGGAGCAUGGGUUGCUGCGGUACAGCCGCGAGUUCAAGGAGCUCCACGUUCCUCUCAUCCCGGAGAUCUUGUGCUGGGUGACCUACGUCGACCGGGUGCUGACUCGCCCAGGCGGCCACCUCCUCUUGGUUGGUAGUACCGGCGUCGGACGGCGCAACGCCGUGCUUCUCGCGGCGUAUCAGCAACGGCGUGAGGUGGUAUCGCUCAACAUGACGCAGGACUACCAUCUCAAGCACUUCCGACUUGACCUCCGCGGCUUCAUCCAGCGCGCCACGGUGCAAAAUACACCUCUGGUCCUCCUCAUCGAGGACCACCACAUCGUUAAUGCGACUUUUCUGGAGUAUGUGAACAGCCUGCUGAGCAGCGGCGAGGUACCGGGGCUGUUCUCGCAGGAGGAGAUGGAAACGAUGUUCUCCGCGAUGCGCGACGAUGCGGCCAACGAUGGGCACAUGGGGGCAAUUUACGCCUACUUUGUGGAGAGGCUGCAGCGCAACCUGCGCAUUGCCCUCAUCAUGGACCACCGCCACGAGCUCUUUUUGAUUCGCCUGCAUUCCAACCCAGCCCUCAUGAGCAAGUGUGAGCUGCUGUGGAUGGGGACGUGGAGUGGCGACAUGACCAAGACGAUCUGCAAGACAUAUCUGGCGGACGAAAUCACUGCACUCGAGGCGAACCCGGCGAACAAAGGCUUCCACGUGCACCGCGAGGUCAACGCCAUUCACGAAGGCAUGGGCGACCGCUCCACACCGCACGAUGUCCAGGUGGUGCUCAACACAUUCCGCGCCAUCCUGGGCCGGAAGAGCAGCACCAGCAAGAAGAAGAUGGAGCGGCUGGAGGCGGGCUUAGCGAAGCUGAAGGAGGCGGAGGAAAGCGUUGAGAAGGUAAAGAGGGACGUCGCGGAGAAGAAGAAGGAUGUGGAGCGGAUGCAGAAGGCGGCGGACAAGGCGCUGAACGAGAUCCAGUCCAGUAUGGAGGAGUCCCAGGAGCAGCGCGACGAGGCGGCAAUCCUUCAGGAGCAGCUCAAGGAAGAGCAGACGUGCAUUGCGAAGAGCCGUGGACAGGUAGAGGAGGAGCUUGGUGGCAUUAAGCCGAUGAUGGAAGCCGCACGCGACGCUGUCAGCUCCAUCCGCAGCGAGCAGCUCAGCGAGAUCCGCUCCUUGCCAUCCCCACCAGAGGCGAUCCGCGUCGUUCUCGAGGGCGUUCUAGCGCUGCUUGGUGUGAACGACGUCUCGUGGCAGUCGAUGCGACAGUUCCUUGGUGAGCGUGGUGCAAAGCAGCGUAUUCUUGACUUCGAGGUCAGGAGCGUGACCCCUGACAUCCGCCACCGUGUGGAGAAGCUGCUACGCGACCGUGCCUCCUUCUUCAAGCCUGAGGUCAUUCAGCGCGCCUCGGUGGCGGCGGCACCGAUGGCAGAGUGGGUCAAGGCGAUGCUGGAGUACUCCAGCAUCAUGGAGCGCAUCUCACCUCUGACAGAGCAGCUGGAGAAGCUCGAGACGAACCAGAAAGAUGGCGCCGCCAAGCUCGGACACCUCCAGAAAAGGCUCAAGAAAAUCGACGCCAGGGUGAAGGAGCUGCGCGAGGGCUUCUCUGAGAAGUGUAAGGAGGCAGAGCGACUGAGGGGUAGGCUGCAAGCUGCUGAGGAGGAACUGGGGAGGGCGACGGACCUACUGGACAAGCUGAGUGGCGAGAAGGAUCGGUGGGCCACCGAGGCAGCCGCGAUCCGGGAGGCGAACAACACAAUGCCGAAGCGCGCCCUCGUCGCCGCCGCCUUCCUGACUUACCUAGGCCAGGAAACAGAGGACGGCCGGCGCCGCUUUCUCAAAACGUGGUGCGACCGACUGGGCUUUCCGGAGGUUCUCGAGGUGACUCACUUCCUGCGAACCGAGGGAGAUCUUCUUCAGUACAAGUCCGAGGGUCUGUCGACGGAUGGACUCAGCCUGGAAAAUGCGGUGGUCAUGCUGGACACGGAGCAGACGCCGCUCGUCAUCGACCCGGCGAACAAGGUGGUUGAGUGGAUGCGGGAGCACCUGAGGAGGGCGAACACCGUUGUCGAAACGAUUUCACUGCAUGACGGGCGCUUCACACACACGCUCGAGCUUGCCAUCCGCUUCGGGAAGACGCUGAUCGUGACGGAGGUGGCUGACAUCGCGCCUCUGCUCUACACCGUCUUGCGCCGCGACCUCAUCUCUGCUGGCGCGAAGCGGGUGGUGCAGGUGGGCAACAAGACAGUGGAGUGGAACGACAGCUUCCGAAUUAUGCUCUUCUCGCGGCAGUCAGGGCUGCGACUGUCCCCCGGAGCCGCGGCCCUGGUGACGGAGGUGAACUUCUCCGUUACGAGUCUCGGCCUCGAGGGCCAGCUCCUCGGCGUCACGCUGCAACGAGAGCGGCCGGAGCUGGAAAAGCAGAAAGUGGAGCUUCUCGAAAACGAGGAGAGUUUGCAGCUGCAACUCAGCAAGCUGGAGGAGCGUCUUCUCAGUGACCUCGCCGAGUCGCAGGGAAACCUGCUUGAGAAUACGAAGCUCAUUAAUUCCCUCAACGAGGUCAAAAUGCAGGCCUAUAACAUCCAGCGGUCCCUCGCACGCUCGCACGAGCUGCAGGUGGAGCUGGAUGAGAAGCGCGAGGUGUACCGCCCCUUCGCGCAUCAUGGAGCUCUCCUCUUCUUCCUCAUUCGCGACAUGGAGGUGCUCAACCACAUGUACCAGUACGGUAUCAACGACUACAUUGCCCUCUUCACGCAGACGCUCAAGACGUACCAGGGCGAUGACGAGGCAGAGGCGAAGGUGCAGGAGCUGAUCGCGAGCUUUACCAAGGCUUGUUUUCACAACGUGGCGCGCGGACUCCUCAAGAAGGACCGCAUCGCCUUCGGGCUUCACGUUCUGCACGGUCUAUGGCCAGCCGAGUAUCCGCAGGAUUUGUGGGGCGCUCUGGUGGGGACCAUCACCAACGUGAAGGCGGUCUCAGACUCGCCGUUGCCGCAGUGGGCGCCGCUAUCAAGCAAGAUCAAGUAUGCCAGCAUCCUCUCCAGCGCAGCUGGGCAGUCACUAGCGGAGAAGUGGCAGGUCGGCGACCCUAAUCGGUGGGCCGCUGUCAUGAACCACACCACACCAGAGAGCGUGUUGGUGCCGCCUGCCACGAACAGCAACAGGGAUGGCAGCGUGGUCGUCUCGGACAUGGAGAAGCUGCUGUGGAUUAACACAUUCCGCCCGGACCGCGCGUCUGCCACCGCGCUGCAGAUCAUCCUGAGUAAGCUGGGGCUGACUUCGCUGGCGCCCGUUAUGUCCCUCGAGAAGACAAUCCUCAGCAGCAGCCCUACCACCCCGGUGCUGCUGAUCACCUCGAGCGGCGCCGACCCGAGUAUGGAGAUACAGGAUGUGGCGACGCACCUCGUGGGCAAGGAGCGCUUUGUGGAGCUUGCUCUUGGUGGUGGCCAGACAGACAACGCGCUGCAGCAGGUGCGGCGCUGUGCCGUGCAGGGCGACUGGCUACUGCUCAAGAAUCUCCACCUCGUUCUGGACUGGGCCUCGGUGCUUGAAAACGAGCUGUGCUCGAUGCCUCCGCCGAGCACGGACUUCCGCCUCAUCAUUACCACCGAGCAGCACGACCUCUUCCCCAGCGUACUACUGCGCAUGUCGAACAAGGUCGCCGUGGAGGCGCCGCCAGGGGUGAAGCAGAACCUGCUGCGCACCUAUAGCCUCUGGGACUCAGCGUUUCUCGCGGCACAGUCUCAGGCCGGCGCACGGCUGCUCUUUGGACUCGCCUGGCUUCACGCUGUGAUGCAGGAGCGCCGAACAUAUGUGCCGCAGGGCUGGUCCAAGUACUAUGAGUUCUCGCCGGCUGACUUGAAGGCGGCGACGGAUGUCUUGACAAGCCUCGCUAAGCAGCCGCAGCUUGACUGGGUGACGCUCACUGGCUUCCUCGAAAGUUGCCUCUACGGCGGCCGCCUCGAGAACGCGGUGGAUGAGAAGGUGCUGGAGCUCCUCAUUCAGACGUACUUCAACGAGGACGUGCUGCUCAAGGACAAGUCGCCAGUCUUUCCCGGCGUGACGGCAGCGAACGCAGACAGCCAUGACAGGAUGGUAGCGAUGCUGCAGGCAAGCAUGCCCGACGUCGAUCCGCCGGCGCUGCUGUGCAUGUGCGACAACGCGGACCGCACCGUGCAGGAGGACGUGGCGCACGCCACGCGCGAGUCGCUCCGUGAGCUCUGCACGAAAGAGACCACGGAGCAGACGAGCGGCGAGAAGUGGCGAGAGCGGCUGAGGCCCGCGCUAGAGGUGUGGAAGGGCAGCGGCAUCGCUGCAAACGGGCUUCCGCAGACGAUGUCGAGCCACACGAGUGACCCGGAGCCGAUGGAGGUCUUCUUCAUCAGUGAGCUGAACUUGAUCGCCGCCCUGAUCAAGGACCUGUCGGUCUUCUUCGACACGUUGCACAGCGUGGCGGAGGGAGUCCUCAUCCCGGACAGUGCGCUGCGCGCGGAGGCGACGGAGCUGAUGAAUGGCCGUAUGCCGAGCCGCUGGCUGGAUCGCAUGGAUGGACCACAGGAGGCAAAGAUGUGGCUCGCGCUGCUGUGGCGCAAGUACAACACGACGCGCGCUAGCGUGAAGGUGCCGUUCAGCACAUCGGUGACGUACGACCUCUCGUCCCUAUUGCGGCCGCAGACCUUUUUCAACGCCCUGCGGCAACACACGGCGCGGGCGACAAAGGCGCCCCUCGCGGAUCUUGUCUUGGUGGCCACUAUGGACAACAUGGUGCACGGGGGCGUCACAGUCAAGGUGGCGGCGAAGAGUCUGGUGAUGCAGGGCGCAGCGGUCGCGGGCGACGGCUGCCUCGCGGCUGUGCAGGCCAACUCGCCGUCCUCCGUGCAGCUCAGUAUGGACAUCACAGCCAGCUGGGUGCCCGCAGGCAAGGUGAAGCACUCCAGUCAAAGCGCUGCCAUUCCUGUCUACGCGGAUGCAGAGCGCCGGACGAUGAUAUUCCCUCUGCGUGUGAGGUGCGCCAGCGAGGCAGAGGCAACCAAGACGGCGCUGAACGGUGUUGCGUGCUACUUGGUGAAUAUGUAG